GAAAACUCCGGUCCAAAAAACGAGAGAGAGAAAGAAACGAAAACAACAGCCGGCCGAAGCCUCCGCCGCCGCGCCGCCGGUACAGUACAGGAGCGCAGCAGCGCCUCCCUCCACCGAACAGCCGCUCCCGCCCAGCAACGCCGGCGACCUGUCCAUUGGCAGUCAGAACAGGGCAUCAACAUUGUCAACUGGAGAGGCUUGGAGCUGCUUUGGCAUCCACAGUAGAGCAAACAAGAAGUGUUGACAUGGAUUCCAGCAAUACACAGUCUGAAGGUUCUCAGCCACAUGUUCCUAAAAACCCUAGCAUGUCAUCGUGCCGGAAGAAGAAAACCGAUGAUGAUGCUACACUCCUUGAAGAUGUAAAAGAGCACAUUGACGAGUUCAUCAAUGCCUCCAUGGACGAGCACAAGACCUGCUUCAAGAAGACCAUUCAGAAGAUGUUCGGGAUGUCAAAGGCUGUUGCGGAGCGGUCCGCUGCAGCAAAGGAAGCUGAAGUCGAAAGCGCCUUGCCUCUUGAGACCAGUGUGUCCCAGUAGGAGAUUGCAUUGGUGAUGGCCUAUUCUUGCUUUCUGGAGGCCUGGUUCUUGUAUCAGGAAUCUAGCUAGUGUUUCCCCCCUUAUACUGUUGCUAUAUAUUUUCUGUAAGAGAUGCUGAAUAAUAUUAGCAUGAGUUUUUUUAGUCUAAUAAUAUUAGCAUGAGUAUAAACUUGAGCUAUACAAGGCCCACUGCCAGGUUUUGCUAUACAGGCCCACGAUAAUUAAUGUAGGCAGUGAUUCCAGUAUAUAUAUAGCCCAGUAACGGGAAUGAAACUGGAUUCAGCAA